AGAGCGGUGGGCUAUGGAGAGACCCCCAGAAGAAACGGAUGCAUGGAAAGUUUCUGCUGGACGGUGGGCUCACGAUUUAGACCUCUGUUGAGCAGUUGUUGACUGAGUCGAGGGAGAAGUCGCAACUGGGAGCAGCAACAGAUAAAUUCAGGAAACUGCAAAGAGAGAAGGGGAGUGAGGAGGAGGCAGACAUCAGGGGAGGAGGUUUCUUCCCCCACAGAUCCUCUCAGUUCAUCAGGAUUUCCCUCCCUGGGCGCCACUAAGUGCUUUCUGUUCAUCUCCUCCAUAUGUGAACUUCAAUUUGGACAAGAGCCUAUGAACUGCCAAGUUAAACCUGAACGACCUACCUGAGGAUUACUGACCACUGUGAGAGAAAUACUGCAGCAAGCGUGGUUAGUUGGCUGAUUUAGCUCAGCACGGCGUCCAGGAGUAAGCCUGCUCACUUGGUUUAAUUGUCUGAGAGAGGAAGGGGAGAUGUCUGUCCUGAGUGGUGGAUGCUGCUAACACUAGAAAGUCUAGAUUGUUCUCAGUUUGCAGAUGUUGAAUGUUUUUGUUCCAGAUAAGAUGUUUGAUAAAUCGCUUGCGUCAUUGGUGUUUAUUUAUCAUUGUAGUUUCAUGGCAUGAAAGAUGAGAGGACCUGUUUGUUUGUGUUCCCAGAUGUUGCAUUCACUCAGGCUUGCAUCCAGUAAAUGCCGGGAAAAUCAUGAAAAUGGACACCAAGGCUUCACCACGUUCCUUGCUUCUCCUUAAUGAUGUUUUCAUCUUACACUGAGAUCUGAUUUAUUACCAUGAACUAUGAUGUGAGGAUCAAUAAUAGCCAGUUCAGAUUAAGAUGCAGAUCAACUUGUUUGGGGGAGGGGGGGCCAAAAAGUCUGCAAAGUGGCUCUAAACGCCUCCUUUAAUGCACUGUGAUAAAUGGCUUGUGACAUAGCCUCUAUUCUCCCUCGUCAAUCCACAGAGGAAGCUUUUCCAUAUAUGUCAGCUUCCACAUAUUUUCCACUCCAGCAUCAGUGUUGACGUUAGCGCAGCCAUCGUCUGGCUCUCUGGCCUGUUCUCAUGUCGCCUCCUGGGGCCUGGAGACAAACUUUCACCCACCGACCACUCUGAUUCCUGACUCUGCUGAAAGCGCUUGCGGUUCGCCGGUUCAGUCCUGCGGGACUCGGGCCUGCCGGGGCCCUAAGUUCUUCUCUCCAGACCUCCGGGUCCAAGGGUGGCCUCCAGCGGGCUCCUGAAGUCAUGGAUAAUCUGGGCAUGAUGGAUGUGUGUGCCUUUGGCGUGGUUGUCAUCCUCUUUGUGACUGUUCUCAAGCAGUUUGGCAUCCUGGAGCCCAUGUCCUCAUUUGAAGACAGCAGUGACAGUGAUCUGGAGCUGUCCACCGUGCGUCACCAGCCGGAGGGGCUGGACCAGCUGCAGGCGCAGACUAAGUUUACCAGGAAGGAGCUCCAGUCUUUGUACCGAGGUUUUAAGAAUGAGUGUCCCAGUGGGCUGGUUGAUGAGGAGACAUUCAAGUCCAUCUAUUCUCAGUUCUUUCCCCAAGGAGACGCAAGCACCUACGCUCACUUUCUGUUCAACGCAUUCGACAUGGACAGAACCGGUUCAAUCCGGUUUGAGGACUUUGUCAUCGGCCUGUCAGUGUUGCUCAGAGGUUCAAUCACGGAAAAGCUCAACUGGGCCUUCAACCUCUACGACAUCAAUAAGGACGGCUACAUCACCAAAGAGGAAAUGCUGGCGAUCAUGAAGUCCAUCUAUGACAUGAUGGGGAGGUACACCUACCCCUGUGUGCGGGAUGAAGCCCCCUCUGAGCAUGUUGACAAGUUUUUUCAGAAAAUGGACAGAAACAGAGAUGGUGUAGUGACUAUUGAAGAGUUCAUCGAAACCUGUCAGAAGGAUGAAAACAUCAUGGACUCCAUGCAGCUGUUUGAAAAUGUGAUUUAAAGGAUCUGGAUGCUACCAGUUGUUUCCCAUUAUCAGCUCAAGUCAAACGUAAACAUCACAGAGUCAUUAAUAUCACCCCCAAAUCCUCACUGUUGUGUAGGGCAAGCAGGUAUAUAAUGUAGGUACUGUAAAAGCACAGGAUGUACCGUUGACUAUUUUUUUCCUCCCACUGCGUUCUCUUUUGUUGAGCCUUGUACUUAAGGGGACUAACAGACAACAACAAGCUGAUUCUUGAAUAAACUCUGCAUCCAGACCAGUUCCCCACAAGAUGCUCCUCCAUAAAUGGCCAAUAAUGGAUGCCGUGUCCACAUUGAUGAGAAAGAAGAGUUUUUAUCAUCUGACUGAAGGAUCAGCAGCCAAUUAGGAAAGAAACUCACAAUAAUCAGUGAUCUGAGCUCACAGGGAGGCUUAGUUUAACACUAACGUACAUGUAUUCACUUCCACUUAGAGCAGCUGUCUUCUCAAGGCUUCUUAUGGCACUGGAUGAAGUACAAAAAUAAAUGAAUAAAAAAGACGAAAAAAUAAGAAUAAAGCAUGUUUGUUAUGAAAUAAAUGAUGUCGAAUUAGCUUGCACUACAAUUUCAUGACUAUGUAUUAUACGCGCCUUGAGAAAGGCCCUGUAGAUACUUGCACCUGAUGGAAACCAGUGUGUAUGUAUAUAUGUAAAGUUAAUAGUUAUGUAUCCUACUUUGUGUUGGUCUCAUCUGUGCUGCUAGGAGUGAUGGAAUACAACCAGAAUUCAUUAAAUGAACAACUUCUGUGUUAAAUGAGUUUAAUAUUUAUCUUGUUCAGUAAUUUAAAUAGAUUAUUCUAAUAGUUCUUCCUUUUUUUGUAAUUUGAAAGAUUAUGUUAACCAGUCUGGUUGAAAAAGUGAGUGUGUACAGUGCUGUUGAGAAACAAAAGGACUGUGUCCUAUGCUGAAUUAAGACUUUAACAUGUUGGCUCAGUGUAUGCGAGCAUGCUGACUCCAAGACCCGCGGUAUUAUGUAGAGUACAGUUGGACCUUUGUAAUAUCAGUUCAUUAAAGAUGCUGUUGACAGCC